AUGGCUGCGGCGACACCCAAGAAACUCGUUCACUGGGCUCUCAACGUGUCCCUCUCUGAUCUUGGCUCACCGUUCUCCGAUGCCGGCUCCUCCGAAUCCUGCUCGUCCACUUCCAGUCUACAAUACGUAAACUCGCAACUACUGGCUCAUGGAUUCACUCACGGCUCUGGACUCUCCCUCGAUGGGUUGGGGAAGGAAGAUGCAGAUAAAGUGGUGAAAUGCAUACUGGGCAUGCUUAGCCAACGCAUAGACGACAUGUCGAGGACCGAAGACCUUACGACGAAACUCCGUACACUCUCCUACGACCACGAACGUUUGACUUCAAUGUACAAGACAGAAGCUGAGAAAUCGGGUAACGCAGAACGGGAAAUGAAUACGCACAAAUCACGACUCGCUGCAGCUACCAAAUCCCUGCAGAGUUCUGAAAAUGCCCACAAACACACUACAGCUGAGCUCCAGCGCACACGAACAACGCUGAUCGCCCUUCGCGCCACACACCAAACCGAGAUCAAGAAGCUUGAGAAGGAGAAGGAGCGUAUGGUCGAGCGUUGGAGCAAGCUCUCCGACAACCAGUUGAAAGCCGGAACCCUGUCUGCCGGGCUCACAUGUGCAAAUCUCCAUAUAGUCGAGGCGUCGGAUGUGCAGUUGCGAGGCAAAGGCCAAGGAUUCCUGGAAGUCGCGCUCGAACAGGCCGAGGCAGCCCGCAAGGAGUUGUUCGAACAGAACAGGAAACUCAGAGGGAUUCUGCUGUCCGCUGCGAACGAGCUCCAGCACGUCAUGCAUGCGGUUCGUGCCGGUGAAACAGAUUCUAUAGACGAGCCCACGCUAUUAACACACAGUGCAUUGUUCCCAAGUCCGGCAGCGGAAGCGGCUGGAGAGACGUUCAGCACACUAUUCCGCUCUCUCCGCGACACUAUAUCCCAUCGGACGGAGCCUAGUGCCAGUGUCUGCAAUCACUCAUGCAAGGCGUCUUCGUCGUCUACACCAAUGAACGAUACGCCAGCCAAGGAGAAGGCAGAAGUUGAGCGGCUUCAAGCAGUAAUUGAUAAACUGCGCUCAGAUCUUGAGGAAGCGCAGAGACAGGCGGCUUCGUCCGCUGCACAAGUGCAGGAGCUAUUCGAUCGUUUCGCUGAGGAGCAGGCGGAGGCUGCGACGCAUACAGCGGAGAUGAGCAUGGACCUCAUGACUGCGCCCGCAAGAGAUGAGGAGCGGCAACGGUUGGACGCCCGGUUCAAAGAGCUCGAGGCGGAACGCCAAAAGUUCACUGAGGCCGCCGUGCGGUUAGGCAAAGAGAAAGCAGCGCUUGAGGCUGAUCGUUUGAAAUUGCUGGAAGAGAAGCGGUCAUGGCAAGUAGACAUGAUGCUUGCUGAGCUCCCCCCGACCCCUGCGCCCGGCGGAUCCAUACCUACUCCAAUAGCCCGUCCUGUUCCUGCUCCUGUUGCUGCUGCGCGACAAUCUGCACGUAAGUCGCCACGCAAGCUCAAGAGUAAGGCAGCAAGUCCGCGCAAAACCCGUGUUUCACGACGUUCCUCCGGUUUCGCCUCCAUUGCGCUGGACUCUAGCUCUCCAAAGAAGAAGCAGAAGGUGGCACCUCCUUUUGAGACUGAAGUUUUGCCCUCCUCCGUGGCCGUACCCAAAUCUCCCGCGCGGCAGCUUCCAGAGUUCAAGACCAGUAUGGACGCAUCGCCCGUACCACCACCGCCGUUCCUCGCUGGUAGCUUUAUCCUGCCACCACCUUCCCCUGCAGCGUCACUACCUUCACGGGAAGGUGGUGGGACGCCGCUCCCGCCUAUACCCCCACUUCCGCGCCUCGAGAUACCCCCGGCCAGCGAAGACAUCUCCGACGAGAGCAUGGACACCACACCCGACCCCGCCUCUUCCGCCGGAUCCAGCACAAGUUCCGGCACGUCAAACAACUCCCACUCACAACCAAUACUCUCUGUACCACAAACGCCAGUAGUCCGGCCGUUCCCCAUGGCGAAGCCCUUCGCCACGCGCAUGAUCCACGCCUACUCCCCGGUAAAGCCCAGCCCGCUCAGCCGCAUCCUCAUGCUCGCGAACUCCCCCGACAGCCCCGAGGCCGGCCCCGCGCUCGCGUCGCUCCCCGAAUCCGCCGCGGAAGACGACAGCAUCGAGCAGUCCGCGCCCGCGCCCAUCCGCAGCCUCGCGGAGGAGCUCGGCGUGUCCGAGGACGACGACAGCCCGUUCCGCGUGGCAUCGGACGCACAGGGCACGAAGCGCAAGGCGCACCCGUCCGCCGAGCCGCCGGAGCGCCGCACGCAGCCGUCGCGCGCGAAGGACAAGGGGAAGGCGCGCGCGGACGCCCAGCCUGCGCCGGCGCGCGGGGAGGGGGGCGUGAAGCGUGCGAAACUUGCGAAUGGGGCGAAGACGGCCCCAGACGCAAAGAAGCCUGCGCGGGCGGCGGCGGCGGCGACGGCAAAGCCGACGAGCAGUAAGACGCAGACGACGAGGAGUCGUACAGGGUCGGGGUCAGGUAGUAGCGGUGGGAGUGGUGGGAAGGCGCCGCCGAGGUCUAAGGGCGGUGCGCGGAGGGUGCCGGUGGGGAGUGCGGAGGCGGCGCCUGUCCCGACAUGGCGAGGAUGA